CGGGACUUCGCCUUUACCGGUCACUACCCAGCUCAUCCUACUCCGGUGCAGCGGACCUACUCCAGUGCAGAGUCGUGACAGUGGUGGGUAUAUGGUGUCUCCUCUUAAGCCAGUAAAUAUGGAAUGCGCACCGAUCCAUCUGUGCUUCUUUAUUUCAACGCAAUGGCCUCGUUCUAUUCCACUGAGGUGCGCUUUGAAAAUGUAGAAGACCUGAUGGAUGACUGAACCAGGUUGGUUUUCAAGUUAUACGUGACGAUUGAUCAAAGAACACCUUUCGAAGAGGAACCUCUUCCCGAAGCCCUUCGUUACGAUGACAUGUCCCUUCUAAUGAGGGUACUCUGUUUUUGUGCACUGGGGCGGCCCGAUCUGGAAGAUCAUUGGAAGUCGCUGCAAUCCGAGAAAGCAUUCGAAAUCGUUAGGACCAGAGUGUCCUCCAUCUUGGACAAUAUUGUUACCACAGCGGGCGUCCUCCUCGCUACAAGUGGUGUAUUCGUCACUACGGGCUCUCCUGUGACCUAUUUUGACUAUUCAUCACCCGUUUCCUAUUUUCUACUCCUCGUAUCGUUCAUGCUCGCCAUGAUUGCGGUCUUAACAUCUGGCUCGAGCAUGUUACGCUGGAUUCAUACCGACCGGCAGCAGACUCAAGAACAACUCAAGCUAGGCGGCUACUUCGUCGCGUCCUACCUGUUGUCAAUAGUCACCCCCAUGUUCUUCGUAGUCUGGUCCCUGCAUUUUUUCGUAUUUGCGAUGUUGAUAGCAGGCUUUUGUUCCCAAAGCCCAGUCUUUCGCGCCCUCACUACACUCUGGUUGGUGACGUACGUUGCUAACAUUGGGACGAUAUCGAUAGAAUUUAUGCGGAAGUAUGUGACAAGCCUCAAAUCACGCUAGAUAUCGUCAGCGCGUGGCUUCUGGGCACAUAUUAUAAUGACCGGGUAGAUGUUUAUAAAGGCAAUCCCUUCUUGUUUUAACAUUGACUAGCGCUUGUGCAUGUUAAUAAUAUUAUAGCCUCCUU